UGCCAAUGUCUUGUUGAGGUCUCCUAGGCGUACUGCAAGAUAUCUCGACAAUCCAAGUCGCAGACACUUCAGGCAUUGAUUGAUCCAUUGUCUAUAAAAUCGAAUCAAUUUCCGGCUCUUCGGGUAUCAUUUCAACCACCAGAAAGCAUCAAGCGAUUACUCGGACAUCCUUCAUGACCAUUAAUUCUCUUAUAUAUACCCCUCGACCUUUUGUUCAUUACGCAAGCGUCGUGAGCCAACCGCAAUGCCUUAUCUCCAAGGAGCCAGCGCAGCUGACAGCGCCCUCGUGCCACUGGGCAAGCUCCAGAGGCGCUUCUAUGAGCCGGUUGUUCUACUUCUCGCCCUCACCCAAGCAUGCAUGCACAAUUAUGCCCCAAGGGUCGCCGAGUCACUGGCUGAGGUGCCAUCUCACUCCCCUGACGAGCUCUUCAAAGACUUUGUCAACAAGUUAUGCCAAAUAUGCGACAACAGACGUGGCGGAGACGCGGUAACCGCCAUUUCUGUUCUCCAAUAUCCAGACCGCGUGCAGUAUCGCUUCGCAUCAAAUCAGCGAUCUGAGAAAGAGCUCCUGAAAGUAAAGAGCUACCUUGAGGGGAUCCUCGAGACUCUGAAGGGUUAUUCUCCAUCAUCCUCAAAUCUUCUCAUGGCAUCAGUUCUCCGGAAGAUUGUUGCGUUCAACCGACUGAGGCUACAAGGCUAUAUCAGGUACCUCUACAGUCAGACUCAGAUAUGCCUGGACACGCCAAAACUUUCGACCGACUUGUCUGAUAAGGUCAGGGAAGUCCAAGACCUGGUUAAGAUAGCCGACAACCGGGAGCUCGACGAGCCAGCAUUCUUCAAAGCUUGUGCCAAUCUCAUGCUGUGCAUCAAGGCCUUCUCAAAGUCCCCUACGUAUAAAAGUCUGCAUGAGAAGGCCAGCUCGGAAAGUGGAGAGAGCUCGCCGUGGGCUGAGCUGCGCCAUAAUGCUGGGAGACUUUUGUCAUACUAUCAGGCUUCAAGAACUCUCAUUGAAGCCAGGAAGAAAUGGGAGCGUCUGUUCUAUGAAGUCGAGGUCAACUUCAUCCCUUCUUCAACUCCCCUGGUCAACCCAGUCAAUGACAAGAGGGUCGACGCGGAUGCAAUCAUCGGCCGCAUGACAUCAGACAAGACCGAAAUGCGGCAGUAUAGAGCCCACGCCGACGAGCUGCAGAGAUUCGACCUGGACACGAAGAUCCAGGAUCAAGUCAGCAAGGGGUUCAAGGCCCUCGUACACGCGGAGGUGCUCCUCCUACAGUCCCUCAUCGACGAAUUCAGCCUAUCGGGUCUGCAUCCAUCCUGCUUCUUCGAGCGGCGCAAGUACAUCGGAUCGAGCAAGCCAACAUGCCGUCUGUGUGCCUACUACUUCACGGCCUCGGCCACCGACAUUGACGUGCGCAAGACCCACAGGAAUGUCUACAUCAACUGGCGUGCCCCAGACGUCUACGUUCGUCAGGGAGAGGCAGCGAAGAAAUGGAGACAGCAGAUCCUCAUGAAAGUACUCGACCGGGUCCGAGAGGAUGCCUUCCGCACGCUGGCCGAGAAGGUCCCCGAGAGGAAGAGGUACGACUCAAACACCGAUCCAACCUUCCCGACGCUGAACCAGGGCACCAGCGUCGGAUUUGACGGUGCUUUCCUCGUUGACACUGACCUGGACGAUGUUGCAGCAUCGAUGUGCCGGCUUGAUCUGCACGACUCCCAUGCGGAGGGUCGCGAGGUACAGCCAGGACCUUCGAUCAGUGCAUCUUCUGGCUUUGAUGGUGUCGACGAUGAUGGCGGCGCUCCACUUAGUUAAGAGGUGACAGAUAUUGGGAUCAUAAUAUGACUGUCAAAGAGGGUAUCAGUUGCUUUUUCAUACAAUUCCGUGGCACGAUGGGGACAAAAAUACGGGCACACCAACAAGUUCCCAAUACUACCUAAGCAGCAAAUCCUCGUUGCGAUUGCACUACUUCUCCAGCAGCUCAUUCCUUCUUUGGCGGAUUAUACGUUCAAGCUACCAUACUUUCCCGGGAAUCUGUUGGGCGAAGGAAGAAAAUGGCCAAGAUCGCGGGCGAGGAAUAGUGACUACAUAUGUAGGUAAGCGGAACAGGUGUGCCCUCUGUUUUUGUCCUGGCCUGGUCAGCUCGGUCGGUCCCAGGUCCAUACUAGCACACGUUUGAAGCAAGUCCAAGAAUUUUAUUCGUAAGGAA